GUGGAAGGUUGCCUGGGGGAGGGGGGCUAGGUGUGCCUUCGAGUAUAGGGGACCCAAUAUGAUGAUGAUAAGACGCCAGAUUCCACUGAUUUUGUAGUCUAACAAUUCCUCAGAGUAUACAAAAUCAUGGUUGGCAAUCUUGAUGGCUUAUCUGAUGCAGUAGAGGAACUCAGUGCUCGGUGCUGUUGAUAAGUUCUGCCACUGACUAGCCAGGAACACAUGCUUUGGUUUGCACAGUACGUUUGAAGGUUUCAUGAUGGGAAAUUUGAUUUAAUCUCCUCCCCAGCUGUGAUCUUUGUAUUCGUUGAGUCUAGUAGACAGGUUCACAUACCCCGAUUUACACUUUGCCACAUUUACUGGGGCUCUUGUACACACCGCAGUGCUUAUCUGUCCUUGUGAGAUUGAAGUAAUAAGGAUCUUAAUCCCUAAAGAUCGCCGUGUUGACAACUCAGAUGCCAUGCCUGCUGAGAAGGAAGUGGUGGAAUUACUUGAUCUAGGGUACAGGGGAUCCUCGGUCACAUCCUCUUAUACUUCAAGGCUUCCAAUUCCCCAAGAUGAGCCUCUCCAAAAUUAUCCCCUCAGUUGCCUGAGGACAGACGAACCACUCUGACACACCAAAGAGAUUUCGUAAUAGUAAAGAUAGUUAGUAUAAACCACUUUAACCCCUGACCCUUGACCGACUUCCGAUCUAGUAUUGACCAAUUUGACCUUGACUUCCGGUAACAAGUAAGUAGAUAAGGGGUCACGACUUCCGGGUGACUAAGUAGGUAAGGGGUCACGACUUCCGGGUGACUAAGUAGGUAAGGGGUCACGACUUCCGGGUUAGGAGAGGUUAGUGGGUGAGCGACGAAAAGGUCAAAGGUGUGUGUGUCGAAUUAGCGGGUGAGAGGUCGGAUGAUGGGGGCGUAGCCGCGGCAACGGUGGAGGAGGUGAUGGGAUGUUGUUGCAGGUAAUUAAUUAAAAGAGAAAGUUGCAAGAAGGAAAAUAAGAAAAUCGAACGAACUUAUCCCGAGCUUCGUGCGCGACGUGCCUCAUACUCCAAAGUUGAUGUUCACAACAUAAACACAUAGACUGACACCAGGACAGAAAAGGAAUUAUCUCUUUUUUGAACAUUUGUGACCCUGGGUAGGGUCUGGCGGAGAUGCCCCGAAAAUUCGAGGCUUCCAUUUCAGCCCAAAGAUGAAAACCUUCAAAGAAGCGGGGAUCUCCAAGGAGGAUAAGAUGAAGCGGAAAGACUUCCAGUCUUCCAUCGUCAAUUCAUCAAGCCUCUUGUCGGCUGACUGGAGCUCCUUUUUUACUGCCCACCCCGCCAGCUCUUUCAAGGUCAAAGGAGACCGUGACGGCAAAUGGGUCGGGUACUCGGUGUCGACCCACCCGUGUCUUUGCGCCAAGCAGCACUGCAGCUCCACGGGUAUCGGAAGUUGCAGUGCAAUAGGCUCUGGAACUCGCAACCAGACGUCGCCCGUAGCUUGGUGUAGGUGUAGAAAUACUGCAUUGUCUACCGCGUCGGCAGCCAGCACCUUUGGGGUCACGGUACGGCCCAUUAAUUGAUGAUGGUCGCCGCACCGUCUCUGUAAGUGAACGUGCCGGGCCGCAGUCCACAAGUGCUUCAGCGUGCAGAGUUGUACCGGCGUCGAGCUACCUUUCUCGUACCAGAAAAUAGCAAGUGUAUAGUAAAUCUUGCUAUUCUCGAUGAUCUCUUCAGGAGGUUGGAGAUCUUUUAUAUCUUCCCUUUAAUAUGGACCAAUAUAGACAAUCGAUCAUGUCCAACAGAGUCUACGAGUCGAAACUCCAUGGUGAGUCAGUGAAGUAAUGAAUUGCUUGGCCGUCUCAAGUGUUUUUUUUUGUCGCUCUGCGUGGUAUUAGAUUGUAUACACGCGAAGAAAUUAGGUAACGGAAGAACAAAACAAAACAAAAAAAAGACCAAAAGAAUUCAGAAUAAAUACGGAAAAGACUAAAAUAAUUCAGAAUAAAUAAGAAAUAGAGAGAUAAGAAUUGAAUAGGACGGUUUCUGUAUUUACACGGUGAAGGUCAAGUUGAAAAGAUCCACGGUGACAGUCACGUGGGAAGGGUUCGAAUCUGAAGCGCGCAUUGAAAUUGUGCGGCGACAAUCAAACUCAGGAGAAAUGUCCGAGACCUCCUCGCAUGCACAGGACAAGAAUUCAGUUAGAGGAGGAGGAAAGGACAUGCAGCAAAUACCAAUACUGGAUACACGGUUAAUAUCCCUAUGUGCCAACUCAAAACGCUGAAGACUCUCAUCAGCAAAGGUGCUACUGGACUUGCCACUAGCUGGUUUAAGCUCAUCUUCGGCUGCUUCAGGUGGAAUGGGCACCGAAAGAUAAAUAUUGUAAUUGCCCGAAGGAAAAUUGAAGUAAGGGUGAGAACGAUUGCCGUAGAGCCAAUUUUUGGCUUUGGCUAGUUUGUCCAUGGCGUUUACGCAUGCAUGAUCAAGCACAAGUUCGAGGAAGACAGAAUGAGAAGACGUCGACCUCGGAAAGAAAUGCUUGGAUGUGGGGAGAUUCUGAUCUUCCGGCAGGGGAGCAGGAGUUGGAAGUCCCAGAACUUGUAUCAUUUCAUGCUGGAGCAGGCAAAGGCGGAACUUGGAAGGAGAGAGAUCCUUUCCAGAAUUAGGUUCCUCCUCAUCAGGAGACUGAUGACCCUCAGAUACAGACCGGGGAAUGCUCUCUCAAACAGAAGAUCCCCGUAAGUCAAUGGCAAUACCAGUCCAAUGUGGACAGUAUUAACCGAGGGGUGAGAACAGCUGGGAACACCAACUAAGCGUCUAGACCGUAGGGUACCGAGUCAAGCACAAAGCUGCCCUGCGCAAGGGGCAUAUUCACACACGCUCCAGCUGUAGAAGAGUGCAGACAGGCCAAAGAUGAUGCUCGACGCUCGAAAAAAGCCCAUAGGGUGAGACUCGCUCGCCGAAAUGCCGUUAUGAGUCACCCAAGUUCUCUCUCAAGCGACAGACUCAACUACUAUAUGCUCCAGAAGGUCAGUAGGGAGCGUAAGUGGGCCAGAGAUAGAUCUCGAAGGGACUGUGGGCGCACAAAGUAGAGGCACAGUAGGAACCUGGAAUGGACCGGCAUGCUCAAACUACUGCGAGUUGUGAAAAUCUUGAUGGUCAAAGGCAAACUCGCGUGCUCGACAGUACAGUACUGGAGCAAAUAAGGGUAUCGCAUUGUCGCACCCCGAACGGCCAAAAAGUGAAUAAUAAAGUACCACACUGUCCUAUUCCCUAUGAGCUCAAGGAUACCGCAACCAACGCACUACCGUCCCACUAAGCUAAGCAACCCCUAGCUCGGAGGCGACUGGAAAUGAGAAACAGGGUGGAAGGACAAAAUCUCUCCACACCGGAAUCUAAUGCACAGAAAAGGGGAGAAAAGAAAACAAUACGCCCGUACCAAACUACAAAUAUACACAGAAAUGGGCAAAGGCCAAGCUAACUAAAUGCUUCUAAUACUUUAUUAUUCCAUAAUUAAACAGAGGGAAUGAAAAACAGACACAAAAUAUAUACGUGUACAUGAGCAAGACUUUCCAUCAAUUUUAUCCGGAACACAACUAUGUACAAAAAUAUACAAGAAGCCAAGAAAAGCAAGCAGCCUGGCAAUUCCAACACAAACUAAACUAAAAUGAACCAAAAGUCUGCAGUCAAAGGAACAGUUUACCGUUCAAAGGAACGAGUAGAAAAUAAGAAUAAAGUGUUGAUCUAGAAAUAACAACGUGACCGUAGGUAGCGAAAGAAAUUCCCCAAAAUAUUCGGAGGACAAAACACAUCCGUAGCAUAACGGCACUAAGAAAAAGAGGAAGAUGCAUGGCAGCCGUUUCACAGGGUCGAGCAAGUGAGGGCGCAGUGCCAAGUGAUGGAGAAUUUAGCAAAUGGAAUGAUGGAGUAGGAAAUAAUGCAUAUAAUCUGCGUAGGUCGCAGGCAGUAGAUCCACUUGUUAUUACAGUGCCAUCAGCAACAUGAAACAGAAGCUACAGGUCUUUGUUCGGCCUCCCAACUCACCAGAAACAUUUUGUUUCCAAAUGGAUCCAGAGACAUCUAUCUUCUCCUUGAAAGAGUUCGUACACAGUAAGGUCAGUGUCCGGCCCAAAAAUCAAUACAUGUACAUCAAAAAAACUUUCAGGUAUGUGAUAAUGAAAAUACAAAUUUUUGCAUUUGAAGUAUCAAAUAUUAAUCAGGUUGAACUAUAUUAUGUCAAUCAUCCUAGUCACAAAUGUAAAGAAGUAACAAAUACAUACAAUACUUAGAAAUGAAACCUUAUGAGGUUUGGGGACUGCACAGUUUAUUGCCUAAACAUCUUCCCAUGGGGUUACUUUUCCAGCUCUGUGACUAACUUAAUCUUCAAAAGAGUGGUGUUGACAAGGACAAAAAAUCCUUCUUUCUCUUUCCAUGAAAACCUGAAUCAAAAUGGGCAGAAAGGUAAAAUACUCAAGAUGAGAAAUUUGGGUUAUUACAUGAUCAUGCCCUCUCAAGAGAAUUUUCUGAUAUCGAGAGUCAGGAAUACAAAAGUUUUUUAAAUACAAUGAUACCAAUGUACAGGCCCUUUCCUAUCAUUUCGUGAAUUGUUAUUUCUUAAAGGUUAAACAAAGCUACCAGAUAGGUUAAUCAAAAUCUGUUUAAUUACCUUCUGAUGACUUAUUAAACAAAAUAAACUCUGCGUCAAUUGAACAAAUUUCCAUAACUAAAAACUGUUCUUACUUAUCGAAUUCAUGGUGAUUAAUAAGUCAUAUAACGCAUCUUGUAGUUCAAAUUUAUUUAACCAUUCAUUACCUGUUCUCAGUGAAAGUAUUUUCUUUCAUGACGUAAAGAAAUCCCAACCAGACGAAAAGAAGUGACAGAAGAGCAGCAAAGUGAAGAAAGCAGAGCAUCAACUCAAAUAGGGAAUGGAGCAACCUUCUGACAAAGACAAAACUCAGCUUUUCUCGUAAACUACGAUGCAAUAUCGUAGUGGUCCUAGGCAUCAUCUAACUAAACGUUUGAAAACAAAUAACAUUAAUUCAUUUUUUGAAUUUACCAAUUUGUAGUUAGGAUGACUGAGUUGAAAUGAAACGACUAACAUUUUUCCAAUGCUGUAUAACAACAUCUGUGUUAUCUGCUAAGAGAUAAACCUAAGUGAGGAAAACACCAUUUUGGCAGUUUAAGAUAGGUGAGACAAAUCUUUGUCCAAAAUCCCCUACUGAAUGGACCGAAAACACUUUGUUUCCAACUGAACCCAGAGACAUCUGUCUCAUCCUUGAAAGAACUGAUCAACAGCAAGAUCGGCAUCUAGCCCCCACAUCAGCACCUUUACAUCAGGAGAAAUUUCCAGAAAUUCCAGGUGGGUAUAUUACACAUAAAACCAACACUGCCGCAUUCUAUAAACAUUAAGGAAUCAACCAUUUGUUCUAAUCACAGAAAUUUAUUUUCUAGGCAUAGUGCAAUGUCUUCAACUCCUAUUUUCAGAUUUUAAGUAUUGUUAGUAAGUUUGUUGGAUUUUUGUCACACUAUCUUUACAUGUUCAGUCUAAAAACUCAGACUUUGCCCUUGAAGGUAUGCAUGUUUGCAUUUUCUUUUCAGCUCUGUGACUUGCUUAUAUUCAAUGACCAUGAAAUUCACCAGGACAAGAACAUCGCAAUUAGUCAGUCUUCUGAUGGCCUGCUGGGUGGUGGACAGAAAGGUAAAUAGCCAUUGGAGAUAUCAGUUUUUAAGAUGGAAAUUUAAAAUCCCCUCAUCGUAGGUAAUUCCCAGCAGGAUGCAUAUUAUCAUCAGCCCUAAUGAAAUGAAAACAUAAUUUGAUAUAAACAAGGAAAAUCAUAAAGGACUUCUUAAAUUACAAAUACUCAACACAAUCAGUAAGCUGCUGGUUGUAAUCUUAUUAGUCCAUUGUUACAUGAAAUUAGUACCAACAGGACAUCAAAUAUUUCUAGAACUGCACUCUAAUAGUCCAAUUUAAAAAGGUCAGCUGUGUGCAUUAAGUGCAUUACUUUCUUCUCACCUCAAAACAAUCGGUCAAAAGUCUGAGAAUCUGAAAGGUUUCUGAUGUGAAGUUCACAUAAAAAUGUAGCGACAAAACAAAUUUAAACAGCAAACAUCAGGCUCAUGCGACCCAACCUAAUCCCAUACUUCCAACAGUACCACCAUCCCAUUCACCCCACCAUACUCCAAACAGCCACACCAAGUAAAACCCACCGACCAAAUUAAUGGCUGACUCGCUGACCAACCAAGUAACUACAAACUAACUUGUAAUACUGAUAUGAUUGAAGAUGACAGCAUUAUUUAUUACAUCUUGACAAGAUACUUGGGGUGAUAUAAAAAUGGUCUACCCAAGCUUGUCAAACUGAAAACUUAUCCCCUCAGAAUGACAAGUUAAAUCCUAUCGUUUUGGACAUUAUUUGAAUAGUGUGGGCAAAGCAAACUCUGUCUUUGCAAAAGACUUCCUGGUGUUGGAUGACAUGUUGUCUUUAAUAUUUCUGGCUUCCUUACUUCGUUUUUACUUUGUUUUGUCCACAUAAAAGGCAAUGCAGAUAUACAGUCUACAAUAUCACUGUAAUAUCUUUCAAAGAGGUUCAAUUUGCUUUUGGCAGACAAAAGCCAGAUUGAUGAUCCACUCUUCCAGGACCUAUCCAUGAAAGUAAAAGAAUCCUGGGAAAAGUUGGCCAAGUGCCUAGGAUACAGUGAAGAUGUCAUGCAAAUCCACACCAUCUCUGAAGACAAAAAAGAAUGCUGUCAUCACAUGUUUCUGUCUUCAUUGAAAAAGCAGACAAAUCAUGAAGCAGGACUCAAGAGGCUAGAAGAAGCAUUAGCAAAUGUUGGUUUUGCUGAAUUGUCCUCACUGGAGCCAGGUGAGUCUAUAUGCACAUCUUGAGAGUUUGUGUUGGAAUGAGAGCAUUUUCAUCAGAUCAUCUGUGUGUAAAGCAGCUUUCAAUCCCUAAGAAAGGCCACACUAUGCCAUGUCCGAAAAAAUCCUGAAAGCGUUUUACGAUACGAAAAAAAGGCAAGACGUUGAGUCAAUUUAUAGACUACUUAAUUCAAAAGCUUUUUUCACCUUCAAUAAAUUAAAUUGAUUAAAAGACAAAAAAAUAAAAAGAACAGAGGGUUUGCAUUCAUUACUAUUUUCAAUAGUAUAGGGUCCACGUGUACAUCAAAGGGUUAUGGUAACCUUACAUAUCAUUGAACACCUUUCUUUUAAAGAAUCAGACCAAGAAGAUAUCCAGCAAGGGCCACUGAAAUCAAAUGAGGAUGAGAAAGCCGGAGCAACUUAAUCCCCCAAAACAAGACACUGCAUGGAUGAAAGAACAAAGUGUGCAGAAUGGGACUAAAUCAUUGGAGGAAGAGAUACUGAGAAAGGAGCAAGUUUAUGAUGGAGACAGGACCCAGCUACAGAAACAUCAUCAAAUGCCGGAGGAAAUAUGGCAGAGCUUGCAGGGGAGAAUGACAUCAUCAAGAGAACAUGGAUAGGGCGUUUAGAGUCCUUCAAAACACCUCACAAAAGGAAAAAACAGCAAGCAUCAGCCAACCACCCGGACAUGUUAAAAAGGGGGAUGCCAUUUCUCAAAGAACAGGAGGUGAAGAAGUCCACACAACGGAGCCCACAGGUGGAUAAAUUACGUAAAAGCCCAAGUGAGAUACAAGAAGAGGCAGCAGUUGAAGAGCUGCCAUCAUAUGCAGAGAAUUCAGAAAUUAAGCUCAUUUCAGGAUAUCAUUCCUUCUCGACCCCAACUGGAAGCAGUUGCUGCACAAAGACAAGGAUCUUUGCCACCUGGGUAUGUGGAAGCCAUGAAUGUCUCUGGUGAAAAUAAUACUGCCGUUGUGGGCAGUUUUUUCAACCAGUAUCAAUCUUCAGUUGGACUAUACCAGCAAGUGCUUCAGGUAAAUAAUUUACUAUACCAGCAAGUGCUUCAGGUAAAUAAUUUUCCAAAUCAGUAUAUGUUUGCAUGCUUUCCACUUUUUCCAUUUCUCAUUGCUCCUCGCAUGAAAUAAAUAAUACAAUUGUACAUGCACUAGGUGGUACAUAACAUAAAAUAAUGUAACAAACAAUUAACCAAUAAAACCUAUCAACUUGAGUUGCACUUACAAACAAAUAAAACUUGUAAAAACUGACGCUGAAAUUCAGAGGUACAUCUUAUUUUAACAUUGAAAAUGUUAAAAUCCUAAAAUAAAAAAAUUCCUCAGAAAAAUUUCUUUCCAAUGGAGCUUUCUUUACGUAUUGAUGGUCACGCCAUGCACCAUGUAGAGACUUGAGUAGCAUUACCCAGGACUGCAGGAUGCUUUAAAAAUCCCAUCUUUUGUUUCUGAUGGUUUAUGUUAUUAGGAGAUGGCUAAACAAACCCGCCAACUCAACAUACAUAUAUGCCACUUCCCCCCCCCCCCCGAUGAUUCACUGAAGUAUUGUCGGAAGCAGAUUAUCAAGUACUACCAGGAAACAACCAGCACCAUAAGCAUGCACACCCCUUGGAUCCUUCCAGGACCAUGGAUACUGAUGAGCUGUUUUUCAUUUACUGCUCAAUUGGUGUUACCUUCCUAUAAGCCUGCACACCCCUUGGAUCCUUCCAGGACCAUGGAUACUGAUGAGCUGUUUUUCAUUUACUGCUCAAUUGGUCUUACCUUCCAGUUGUAGAGGAACAAGUAAUUCUAGCUUCAUGGUUAGAUAUAUUCAGGCCAGAAAAAGUAGGUAAUUGUAUCCCUUCAAGUGAGGCAAUAUGUGGUAAGAAAAUGUUUUUGUUAAUUUUGGAUAAACAUCUCCCGGCGCAAAUCCAUCCUUGGACAUUACUUUUUUGUUAAAAGUUACCAAUGCAAGCAGUGUGCUCAAUCUAAUGUUUCCACUAACUAAAUUCAAAUUUUACCACCAGGCACAUUACUGACCAAGAUGAGAUUGAUUGAGCUGACUGAACACUAUGAAGAAGAAACUGCCUUCUUAUCGGAUGUAUUAGAUGAAAUUCCUCCUCAUGUUCUUUGUUCUCCUUGAGGUGUAUUAAGAGUUAAGGAUAUAUUGGAAAAAAGCAUCUUGACAAAAAGUUGUAUCUUAGUAACAACAUGACCGCACAAGGUUGGGUAUGCCCUCAAUGAGUACUCACAACUCGCAUACAUUGAAGUAUUGGGGUAAAUAUCCAGCACUGUGAACACAUGCACCAGAAAGUACUUUGCAGAAAAUGUAAGGUCAGCAGAAGAAGUGAUAUCUAAUCUGAAAUGCAGUAUAUGUGGAAAUAUAGGCCCCAAUGAUGCUGGUCUUCAUAUGCAAAACUUGGGAAAAGCAGUCAAAAUUACCUGAAAGAACAACAUUGCUAUUUAGGGAAAUUGUUGAGAUUCUUGUCAUUUGCCAUUGCAAUGAAGGCAAGGAUAAAAGGAGCUGAUGAGAUCAAGUUUGUGUGGAUUAGGGCAAGUCACCCUGGAUGGGUUACUAGACUCUGAUGGUCAAAGGUCCAUUUUCUCUGCCAAAGAGUAUAUUUAAAGAUGGAUGUGGAUUGGGUUUCCUUCAACAGGAAAGUUCACGUAAUGGCCAGAGUUGUAUAGUGACCUUCCUGCACAAGUCCUUCCAAGAAUAUUGCGCAGGGGUCAGCUUUGCCAAUUUGACAUACAGAGAAAGGUUCUGUGAGAAGUUGAAGAAAAUGUGCAAAAGUUGCAAAAAUGUGAAAGCAAUGCAGCGACCCCUUCAGUUCACGUGAGGCUUGGCAUCAAACUCCCCUGCUACCAGACUCAUCUUGAAUCAUGUUAGAAAUCUGCGCCUGGGACCACAUGAGUUGAACGCAAUGUGUUUGAACUAAUUAUUGUUGUUUGAGUCCGAUUCUGAUGAAUUUAUUGAUAUGUGUGGAACAGUCAAAGUGGUGUGUAAUUGGGAAGAUUUGACGUCACUCCUGUAUUACUUGAAGUGUGACCCGCAUCCAUGUCAAGACACCGAGUAUAAAUUGCACUGUGACUCAUUUGAGGCACUGACAUUGUUGAGAGAUACAUGUAUUCUAUGGAGUGGCAAACUUAAGCCGGGCAGUAGUCAGGAUUCAAAGGGAUCCGUACUGGAAGUCAACUACACCGUACCUGAACAAGGGAAUCUGGAGAUGUUGCACCUGGAGAGAAAAUACUUGCAAAAAUGAAUGCUGAGCUUCGGACAAACUUCAGUUUAUACAACUCUUCCCACCUUAGAGGCAUGCAAAAUCACUGAAGACCGCCUGGCCAGUGACCCUUCCCUCGCUGACCGCACCACCCUCUCACCCAGCCAGAUCACCGACCUCAUCCGGCUCUGCGUAUCAUCCAGCUAUUUUCAGUUUCAAGGCCAGUUCUACGAACAGACGGCAGGGACUUCCAUGGGAUCUCCUAUAUCCCCAGUCCUCGCCAACAUCUUCAUGGAGGAAUUCGAAUCAUCUUCUCUUCUCACCGCCGACCGUAAACCCACCCUGUGGCUACGCUACGUAGAUGACACCUUUGUGAUCUGGCCCCACAGUCAAGAUGCACUUCAAGACUUCUUGGGUACCUCAACCAGCAGUAUCCCACCAUCAAGUUCACCAUGGAGCAGGAGGAAGAUGGUCAACUUUCCUUCCUCGACAUCCACCUUACAAGACACACAGACGGCACCCUCGACCACCGCGUCCACCGCAAGCCAACCCACACAGACCGGUACCUUCACCACAGGUCAUUCCACCACCCAGCCAUUAAGUCAUCGGUCAACAGUGCCCUCGUACGGCGAGCCUUCCAAAUCUGCAACCAAGACAACUUGUACCAGGAACUCCAACACAUCAAGACCGCCCUCCACCUCAACGGCUACCAACGCAUCAACCUCACCAAAGCCUCCUCCCAAGACGUUAGGGUCCUCUAUACCCGAAGUCACCCCACCCUCCCCGGCGUUAGGGUCUCCUAUACCCGAAGCCAAUCCUCCUGCCGCUACCAUUUGCCUCCCGUACCUUGGCCCCGUCUCCCACCAACUUCGGAGUAUGCUACAAGCCGCCAACAUAAAAGUGUUUCACUCGUCUCCCAACAAGCUCCAAGCCCUUUUACACUCCCACAAAGACAAGCAGCCCUCCACCACUCACCCCGGAGUUUACCGCAUUCCAUGCGGUCAGGUGUAUAUCGGGGAAACAGGAGGGAAGCCUCCCGACCCUGUAUCAAGGAACACCGGGCACAUGGCCGACGAGAAGAAUAAGACAAGUCGGCCAUCAUCAAGCAUGCCCACGACAGAGACCACAACAUCAAAUGGGACAAUGCAGAACUUAUCGCCCCCAUCAAAAACUGGAUGCCAAGAAGAAUCCGUGAAGCCAUAGAGAUUUUCCGUCACAACACCGUUCCCCAAGACAUCGGCUUCAAGCUCAGCGACAUCUGGCGUCCCCUACUCUCUCCAGUACACCACCCCUCCCAGGGAAGUAGGGUCUCCUAUACCCAAAACCCUCAGGCACCGGGUCCUCUUUACCCAGCCUAACCCCCCUUUCCCGCCCAAAGCAAAGCUUCAAAUCUUACUUAUCUUCCUUAAUGAGAAGUCAGCCUUUGAUAUUGAAUACAUAUUGGAACACCUAACCUAAGUAUCCAACCAAUUGCUAGAAGUCAAGGGGUGUGGCAGUUCACAGUGUCACCAUAACAAAUACGCUAAGGAAGUGCAGUAGGCUGAGACCUGUCAAUUUGGCUCAUAUCAACCUGAAUGGUAAGGUAAGCAGGCUAGCUGCUCUUAUUCCUCCAUCCUCCAUGUUGGUAUUGGAGGCACAUAGAUGAGAUGAUGACGUCCGUGAUCUGAUCAGCAUUCUCCCUGCUGGGCAUAGUUUGAGGAGUUUCCGUGUUCCCUGCAAUGCAUUCAGCUUGAAGGGAUUAAAGACCCUGACAGCCCAUCUCUGGGGCCUCCCACAGCUAUUCAGAUUCCAGCUUGAAUAUAAAGGUCCAGAUUCAGAUCAGGUUGAGAAGAUCAUUAUGGAAAAUAUUCCUUACUGUAGACCUUUUAGAAGCUUAGUUAUUACGUGAAAAUUUGCAUAUCAUUCAACAAAAUGUUGAUGCAUUUCACAUACAUAUAAGGACAUGCCAAACAAAGUCUUGGGCUUCUAUAACCCUGUUCACUCUUAAGGAACACGGAAAAAUCAGGCAGCACUGCAUUGAAAACUUUGCUGACAUUCAUCAUAAGCAAUUCUAGAAGCAACAAUGUCUUGAAUUGCUAAUUCAGUUAAAGCACCUAAACAUUACCAGAAAUCCUUAAAAUGCCCAUCCCGUGUGUGGCUUGUCUACUUCGUUACGCACACAUGCAAUACGUGGUAUUGUGUAACUAAGAGCAAACUCGGCGCGGUCUGUCUGUAGAAAUAUGCCGCUGAUUACCCGACAAAAAAGGAUUAAAUUCUGCGGGUUGAUGAACCCUGUUUACCCUAGUUUUAAGAAGAAGCGGCUGUACAACGUCUGCGUGAUGAAGAACCAACUGUGGCCCAUCUCCAGAGUUAUUUGUCGUAAAAAAAUGAGAGGUUUGUACUUGCCUUGUGUGUCUUGGUAAUGCUUGAGCUUGGUAGGGCCUAUUAAUGUAGGACAACUUUCAGUCGUGACACUGCAGUCACAGUCAUCUGGUCAUCAUGGUCUAGCCUACGCUAGCCUACACCCUACGUUAAUGAAAGUGUAGAACCAGACUACAAAACGCUGUUUCAGAACUUUUGCUGUCACCGGCUAACUAUCCACUGCCUAUUUUGUUUUGAAAUUUGAGUCACAGUCGUUUUUUUUUUAACUUUCAGGGCAACAAAUACCUCAUCAACUGGAAGAAUUGGCCCCUGACUGCUUGCUCUUUGGAACCAGAGAUCAACCUCAUCCAAGAUUUGAUCACAAGUUUUCAGCAUCCUGAAGUGAAAAACCGUAAACAGCUGGGACAUUUUUCACUGGUGCAAGCUUUCCAGAAAGUUCUCUGGUACAACCGAUCUGAAUUGCAUCCCGUUGAUGUUAGUUUACCACUAGACGUCUUCAGGCACUUUUUUGGAAACACUGGAGUUCCUUCUGCCAGAGUCAGAAGCUACAAGGAGUACCACAAGGAAGGUUUUAGCAACUAUGGAUUACCAAGAGGGUGACAACAUCUGGUCAACUCUGACUUUUAUGGACGGACUCUCGUGUUCCCAAUUUUAAUGCAACCAGUUUUACAAUGGUCUACAGAGAACUUUUGCAUUGUUGACGGAGAGGUACAGAGAAUCACUCCCUUUCCAGUGGAGAAAAUCUUGAUCCGGUGUUGUGCAGAUGCAUUCAAAUUGGACACACAAAUGUUCACUUCUUCAAAUGGAACAAGACAAGACAUAGUGGCCUCGACCGACAUGUAUGUGAUAUUGUCCAGUUCUAAAAAUCUUGCAGUCAGUUGUGGGCAGCAAUGUCACUCAGUAAACCAGUUUUGCAGACUGUGUUCAACCCUCGUUUUCAGAACAAUCAGUCAAUCAAAAAUUCCAACAUUCAUUUUCAGUUACUCUCCCAUUUCAAACAUGCCUUGAAUGGUUUUACAUUUGUGAUGGAGUACCCUUAAAGUACACUGAAUUGUUUGGAAAGUUUCUGUAUGAACAUUACAUACUUCCUUCGGAUGCUUCUGAAAGUCAAGAUAUAUGUUGUAUUUCAACUUUUCUGAAAGUAAUAAAAAAUUCAAACCUAGGGGGAAGGGGGUGCCCUAGCCCCCCAAAACCCCUCUCCCUAUUCAAUGUACCACUGCUUCAGAGAUGAGAUUGCACUCUGGCAUAUAAAGAGGGUUGCACUGUGGGGCUGCAUAUGAAUGCCAUAAAGACUUGGUUAAUGCCUGAAACCACAUGGUGCAGGUUGAGAUCCAAACAGAAGAUGGCAGCCUAGCUACUUGAAGUGAAAAAAAUUUAACUAUUUGGGAACUUGGGUUGAGAGCACAGAGUAGAACAUCAGCGUAUAACAGGCACAAGCAUGGAGAUCCUGCAAGAAACUAAGUAACAUAUGCAAAUAACCAUUACCCAAACAUAUCACCUAUUCCAAGCCACUGUUGAAAGUCUCCUGCUGUAUGUUGCAAAACCUGGACAGUCACUAAGAAACUUGGAAUGGCAAUGGGCGGACCGGUGCACACUAGUAACUGCACUGAACAUGACCUGGAAAAUGCACGAAUUAAAAAGAAUAGCAUGGGAAUGUCCAUUCUUGCUGUAAUUCCAAGUCAUGUCACACAAAAGAUCGUUUAACUUUGCAGGACAUGCACUAUAACUGGACUGAUGUUAGGAUACUACAAGAGGUAAUCACUUGGAUACCAAAACAAGGAAAGAGAUGACCUAUAAUAUGAAGACCUUCAACUUCAAGAAGACACAAGAUAUGAAACUCUAUGAAACGCAAGUGGAAAAUAUCAUGCAGGAUUGAUUCAUUGGCAAGCCAUAAUGGAUGCCCAUGUUUAACAAUAAGAGUCAAUGGAAGCAAAAGUAAGCAAUGUUCCAUGGGAUUACAAUGCAGCCUGGGACAUAUCUGAGCCCAAACUUGUACAGUGACCAUGUGUGCCGGAAUACAGUGGUCAAUAGUAGCAAUUUCUAAAAACACUGUAACUGAUCAGUGCAUGAAGCACUAACCUAAGCCAGCAGGACAGAAAGUAAAUUAAUGUGGGUUAAAACUCUGGAUAUUUACUUGAUAUGCUUUCUGUAGACAGUCUGGUCUAAUAUGAUGGAAUGAUCUGUCAGGGGAGGCGAGUCUAAUAAUAUUCUGGUAUUUUCUGUACAAUAUAAAAGUGCCCCCCCCCCGGUGAGAGACGAACCACACAUUCCUGACAGUUGCAAAAUGUCGUCUUGGCUAAGAAGAAAGAUAGCACAAAAGGUUUUAUGUUGAUUAUCGGGCACUAAAUGCUAUCACAAUAAAAGACACACACCUUUUGCCUAGAAUAGAUGAGACAGUGGACACCCUGGCUGGUGCCACUUGUUUUCAACACCAGAUUUAGCAUCCGGCUAUUGGCAGGUAGAGGAUGCCAGCCAAAGGUCUGCUUUUGUGGUCUGUAAUGGUCUAUAUAGGGGGAAAUGUAUGACAUUUGAACUCUGCAAUGCCCCUGCCACAUUUUGAGAGACUGGAGAAAGUCUUUUCAAGGUUGCAGUAGAAAUCCUGUUAAUUUACUUUGAUGACAUAAUUGUCUUUGGCAAGAGUGUUCCAGAGGAGAUUAAAUCCAAGUUGCGGGAGGCUGGACUAAGUUGUCCUCGCUUAUGUGAGUAGGAAGUUCAGCAAAGUGGAGAAGGAUUACUGUGUGACGAGGAGAGAACUUCUAGCAGUAGUAACCUACUGGAAAAAUUUCAGGCAGUAUUUGUACGGUCAGAAGGCCACAGUUUGAACGGACCAUGCUGCUAUGAAGUGGUUACUCCAGUUCAAGUACACCUGCAAAAUUUUGAGAAGAAAUUCUGAGUGAAUUGCAUGGAGGCAAGCUCGGUUGCCACUUAAGUGUGAACAAGACUGUGGCAAAGGUCAAAGUAAAAUACUUUUGGCCUGGACUUUGAGGGGAUGUGAGGUCAUUCAUCCACAGGUGUGCCAUGUGUGCACGAAGAAAAUCCCCCGCGAAAAAGCGAAGGGCUCCUUUGGAGCAGUGCUACAUAGGUGACCCAAUGGAGAGAGUGGCAUUAGAUUUGCUUGGGCCACUGCCCGUGACAGCUAGUGUUAAUACAGUCAAAUCCGAACACCUUUGUAAAACAGCCUCUUGUCCAUAGCGGCCACUUCUACAUGAUUCUGAUCGACAUUGCGCGUAAUUUGUUGGUCGCAGGUUUUAAUAUUGUGGCCUCUGUCCAACGCAGCCAGCAGACAGGCGUCUUGGAAUGGUGCGUGUACAUAAAUAUUGUGAGAGAACAUCCACAUUCCGGCCAAAGAAAAGUGAAGGGCGCCCUCUUGUGGUGCAUCAAAUUUGUAAAGUCAGAUACCUGGACUUUUUUUGUCGUGGUCAAGCAUGCCAACUACCUAGCCCGACACGUUCGGUCCCAGCACGGUGGUGCCGCCGGUGGAGAGGCUGAAGGAGCAGCGGGCGGUGUCCCAGUCAGACAGGUGUCACUGCAGAAGAGGAACUACCGUCGGAGGGGAGGCUGUACUUCGGAGGCAGAUGGUUUUCCGCUAGCAGUUUUCAGCUGGCCUGAGAGAAUGCAAGCCGACGGAGGAGUUCCGUCGGAGCAUUAGGGUAGACACAGAAACCCAAACGGAGGCCGUACUAAAGAGGGAGGAAUUCACCACGGUUACACGUGAGACGCUGGAGGAACCAUCGGGCCUGCGCACAUACAGGGAGACGGAAUCAGUCGGCCUCAGAGAGCCAGGAGAUAUUUGGUGGCGAACCUGGAACAGAGACAGUCUAAACGGUGAAUAGGCCAGAUAAACAAGAGACUUUGCAGUGGGUAGACCUCGCUGACUGUGGUGUUCUUGUUUGAUUUGGGAAUCAACUUGGGGCCUAAAUCAACGCUAACUAACAUUCUCGUGGACACCCAGGUAGGCCUAAGCCUUUUGAGAAUAAGUGAACAUUAAUAUUGUUGUUUUUGUGAUGAUUGUUUGACUCAAUUUCUGUGUUUCUUCUAAUUCUCCUUUUAAUCAAGACAGUCAUUUUUCUAAAUUGAGUGAAAUCUUAGAAAUGUGCCCUAUUCUGGAGAAUAGGCUUCUUCGUAGGAGGGGGUAGUGUAACAGACAUUUGUAAAGCCUUUUUCAUGUUUUAUUGCCAUGUUAAUCUUUUGUAGGCCGCCGGCGGCGCUGAGGGCCGCCGGCGGAGGGCCUCCGGCGGAGUGCCCUGACCUGUUUCUCUUGUGCUGUGUACGCACCUAAAUUGGUUUCUAUUUUGGGGCGUUGUGGUUUGGCGGGCGCGGGAGGGAAAUUGGAAAAGUGCCUGGGUGGCCUUAGAAAUUGUUAUACAAUUGUUAUGCAAUGUUAUACAUUGUGAUACAUGCUGUGUUUUGUAGAGCUCAAGUGUCACGUAGGCAGUAGUUGUUGUUCUGACGGCCGUGUGGAAGGUCAUGCACCGAGUUUGGUGAAUAAAACAACUAAAUUCUUUUUGGAAGUCCUGUAUCUGUCUCCCCUCUUUUGCGUUACCGGGUUUUGAGGGACAAUAGCACCCAGGUCUAUGCUACAGGAUAAAAUUUAUGCUGUCCCUUGUAACUCGACAAAAACCUGAGUGUCAUUUUCUCCUAUGUCUCGUCAACUUAUUAUAGACCGUCAUGUUAUCAAUUUUAUUUUUCUUAAUCUUGUUUUCAGGUGAUAAAGUACAUGACGUUGGAAAUAAAUGUUAAGUUUGUCAUUUAUGUAUACAGAAAAGCGAGACAGACAACAAGUCCAACCUAAUGGAGUUAGAAGGCCUUAUUAGGACAGUCAGAUGGCUUGAUGAACAGGGUGUAGACAUCGGGACAGUUUGUCACUGAUAGCCACAACCAAGUUACUAAGUACAUCCGUGAGAAGCUCAGACCCCGUGGAGUUAAGCACUUCUAUGACAUAUGGCAUGUUGCAAAGGUUAAGUUGGACUUGUUAUGGAAGUUGCUGCAGAUAAAAAAAUUGAGGUUCAGCAUCUUUCAUCAUAUAUGAUUUUUUUUUAAAUUGUUUUCUGCCAUUUCUUAAAAUCUAAUAAGGUCUGAAAAAGAAGCUUACUGUUAUGGCAAAAAAAGACAAGAAAUACAGAGCUGGAUACAGGGCAUCGUUAACAACCUGUAUUGGGUUGCCACAUCAACAUCUGAUGGUGAUGGAGACUUGAUGUUGGCAAAGUUUGCCAGCAUUGUGAAUCAUGUCCUCAAUGUUCAUCAACAUGACAAUCUACUGUUUCCCCACUGUGCCCAUGGUGAUUUGGAGGAAAGGAAGUGGCUCAUCCCAGGUAUGAGGCUUUAUUACACAUGGAAAUAAUUAUGUGCAUCAGUUUGGCUGUAUAUUGCAUUUCAAUGCCAACAAACAUUUACAUUGAAUUUAUUUGUAUUAACCAAAGUAUUCUAAUGUUCUUUA